AUGCCCAAGCGAAAGCAGGGUACUUACAUACGACACUUCGAUGAGGAUGAAUCGGCUUGCCAAAAUGAGCACCAGAACGAUUUGAACGAAUUACAUUACCAGGCACUGGAGCGAAAAACAGUUUGGAUGUUAGAUCUGACGAUCCUUCCGAUAAUGACAAUGUUUUCGCUGUUGAACUUCUUGGACCGGGUCAGCAUUGGCAAUUUGCGCGUGAUCGGCUUCCAAGAGGAUUUAGAUGUUUCGGACAUACAGAUCGCCAUCGCCUUGACGGCUGGCAUGAUGCUAUCAAAAAAGCUGAUCGACACUUCUAUGCUUCCUGUCUGUCUAGGCCAUAGAGCUCCCGUCAAACCUCGUGUUCAUGAGGGCUUGUCGCUCAUGAUCUGCAUUUUCUGGAACACGUAG